AUGGCCCGAGCUUUCGGUGAUGCGUCGCUCCUGCCUGAAGCUGUGAGCUCUCGCGUUGUGGGCGACUUCCACAUCACGAAACACAUCAAACAUCCAUCACCUCGCCCACACCACCACUCUUCAACACCGCUCCGCCUACACUACCCGUACCGCCGACCAUCUCCACUACCCCCGCUUCAUUCCCAACCACACUCUGCCACGAUGGACUCGCUGGUGGCUCAAUACAGCCGGCCAGCUACAGAGACGGAGAUCUUCCAGGACGACGAGAUAGCACAACUUGAGAAUGACCUUGCGCCGUCGCUCUCUCUCAAGUUCGCCAUGCCGCCCAUCGCCUCAUCACAACAAUGGCUGCGCGCCAUGACCGAUGACCACUCCAACCCCAACUGCCCCAUCAAGAUCGCCCACGGAACCACAACGCUCGCCUUCAGAUUCAAGGGCGGCAUCAUCGUGGCGACAGACUCGAGAGCAACAGCAGGAAACUGGAUUGCAAGUCAGACAGUGAAGAAGGUCAUCGAGAUCAACAGCGCGUUGCUGGGAACUAUGGCUGGUGGUGCUGCUGACUGCCAAUACUGGCUCGCCUACCUGGGAAUGCAAUGCCGCCUCCACGAACUCCGUCACAAGCGCCGCAUCACCGUCUGCGCAGCCUCCAAGAUUCUCGCGAACCUCGUCUACUCCUACAAGGGCAUGGGCUUGAGCAUGGGUACCAUGUGCGCCGGCGUGACUCCCUCGGAAGGUCCAGCGCUCUACUACAUCGACAGCGACGGCACUCGGUUAGCAGGUAACCUGUUCUGUGUCGGUUCCGGUCAGACAUUCGCCUACGGUGUGCUCGACGCGGAGUACAAGUACGAUCUGGAAGAUGAGGAGGCGCUUGAGCUGGGCCGGAGAAGUAUUCUGGCGGCCACUCACAGAGAUGCGUUCUCUGGUGGUUACAUCAACCUGUACCACGUGAAGGAGGCUGGAUGGGUGAAGCACGGAUUCAACGACACGAAUCCAAUCUUCUGGAAGACGAAGCUGGAGAAGGGCGAGUUCUCCAACGUCACUGCGGAUCUCGACUAG